GGGCGCGCACGAGGCGGGCGGCCAUGACAGUGGGCGGGCCGGGGCGGCUCCUCCCGGCUGGUGGCGGCGAAGAUGGCAGAUUUCCUGAAGGGUCUCCCAGUGUACAACAAGAGCAACUUCAGCAGGUUCCAUGCGGAUUCCGUCUGCAAGGCCUCCAACCGCCGGCCCUCGGUGUAUUUGCCCACCAGAGAAUUCCCCUCGGAACAGAUAAUUGUGACAGAGAAGACAAACAUCCUCCUGCGCUACCUCCACCAGCAGUGGGACAAAAAGAAUGCGGCCAAGAAGCGCGAGCAGGAGCAGGCCGAGCUGGAGGGCGAGAACUCGGCGCCGCCGCGCAAGAUCGCCCGGACCGGCAGCCAGGACAUGACCGAGGACACUUAAAAUCCUGGGAUUCGGGAAUUCCCAAGGCUCUUCCCGCUUUGUUCACCGCCCACGCCCCCCUCCCCCGACCCGCUGGGAAUUCCCAGGAUCCGCCCUAUUUAUUUGGGAUUUGCCUCGUGCCCGGUUUUUGGUUUGUAUUUAUGGGGUUUUUAUGGAGAGGGAGGAUUGUUUGUCCUUAGGGGCCCUAAUUCCCAAAAUUCCCCUUUUUUCUGGGAUAUCCCAGAAUUCCUAAUUCCCAAAAUUCCCCUUUUUCCUGAGGUUCCUGGGAUUUGCUCCUGACGUCUCCAGAAGAGCUCAUUCCCAAAAAUCCACUUCUCCUGGGAUCUAUUCCCUUCCCAAAAUCCCCUUUUUCCUGGGAUUCCUUGGAUCUGCUCCUUGUGAAAUUCCAGAACAACUCUUUUUUUAAAUUCCACUUUUUUUGGGGGAUUCUUGGGGUCUCCUCCCUGUGAUACUCCAGAAUUCCUCAUUCCCAAAAAUCCACUUUUUCUGGGAUCUCCUCCCUUCCCAAAACUCACCUUUUCCCAGGAUUCCCCACAUCCCCUCCAUGUAAAAUUCCAGGAUUUUUUUCCCCUUCACUUCCCCCUUGAGAAAUUCCCAGGAAUCCUUUGGAUAUUCCCAACCUUUCCCAUUUUUGAGGCCUUUCCCAUUUUUCCAGAAAAUUCCCAACCCCUUCCCGGGCUCCAAUCAUGGCUGGAGCCAAUCCCUGGGAAUUUGGAUCCCAGGAUUUUUUUGGGGCUGGAUCCACGGAAUUUUUUCCACCUCCCUUUGGAAAAUCCGGGAGCUUUGAUCCUUAAAUCCCGAUUUUUUCCUGGGAAUCACCGGAUCCUCUCCGAGGGAUCGCUCAGAAUUCCCAGGACCGGGAGCGGCCCCAGAUCUGAGAGAAGUCUGCCUGCAAUUCGGGAAUCCAUGAUGGGAUUUGGGAUCUGGGCUGGAAGAAUCCAGGAUGGAAUUUGAGAAUCCAGACUGGAAUUCCAGAAUCCAGGAUGGAAUUUCAGGAAUCCAAGAUGGAAGAAUCCAGGAUGGAAUUCCAGGAAUGCAGAGCCCAUCCCCCUCUCCCCAAAUCCUCGGGAUUGAGACAAUUCCCAGCUGCCUUUCCAGGACCAUCCAGAGGCUCAGGAUCCAUGGAGAACCUCGGGAAAGGACGAGAUGAUCCCAAAAUUCCAGCUGCUUUUCCAUGAGGAGCUGACUCCUGCAGGAAUCCCGGAAUUCGGGGCCCUUCUCCCUCCCCUUGCUGGGAAACCCGCAGGGAUUUUUCCAGGAGAUUCCCAGAAUCGAUUCCCUGGCUCUGGGAGGGUUCCUGCUGCCCUUUUCCCAGAAAAUCCCAGAUCCACCCUUGGAAUUCCGGGCCGGGAAGGGCCAAAACUCCCCCAGAUGCUCGGGAGGAGCAGGAGCAGGACACGGCUCCGGUCAGAAUUCCCGGAAAUUGGGACUGGAAUUCAAUCCAGAACUUUGGCUCUGCCUCCGUUUUUCCCAAUUUUUUUUUUGUUUGUUUUGUUUUGUUUGGUUGGUUUUUUUAUGGAAGUGACUUUGGAAUUCCUGGAAUGCGGUGUUGGGGGGGAGGGGGGGGGGGGAAGGACAAGCGGAAUUCCCGGGAUUUUGGUUGGGUUUGGGAUUUCCAGCUGGAGAACUGCGGGAGGAGCCGGAUUUGAGGAAUCUCCGGGAGGAAUUCCGGGGUUUCCAGGAGAGGAGGGCGGAUCCCGGGGUUCCCGAGGCUGGGGAAUGUUGUUCCAUUAAAGAGUUGGCACUUCCUGCUGGAA